AUGGAGAAACCUGGUUUUGUAAAAUACCCGGCAGAUAUUGCCAUAAGAUGGCUAACAUACAAGAACGAAUCCGGUGGUCUGUUGGAUUUCGAAUAUAAACACUUUGAACGCCAAACAAUAAACAUAAGGAAGGGACAACAUCCCGAUGAAAUGUACUUGGUCAACGAUGCCAAGACUUGUAAGAUCUUCUCAAGUCAAAGCGGCGCUUUGUCGUUCAUAAGGGACAACCACGGUGCCGAGAUAUUAGCAAAAAUAACAUGCGAAGAUUCUGCUGUCUAUGUUUCGCUCCCUGAUUCCUCGGUAUUUCCGAACGUUAGAGAAGCGUACAGACUUAUAAGUGACCAAGCGUUCAGAAGGGUUUAUGGCCCUUUUACAGUUAAUGUCGGCCUUCCUGUUGCUCUCAAUGAGGGUGAUGAAAUUAAGCUUGGGAGGGUAAAGUUGGUUGUACGACAUCUUGCGUAUAAUACGAAAGAAUCUAUCUCUUAUUUACAUAAUUUGAUCAAUGAAGAAACUCCAGAAUCUAGCUCUAGCAUUGAAGACAAUACCCCAAGUGAACCUGAAAAGGCUUAUUCCCAGGUCAAUAAAGAUGCAGAAUAUGAUUUGAAAAUAACUAAAAGAUCGACUGAGACGAUCACAUGUUCCGAUCUUCCUAGUACACGUACAAAUGUAACGCAAGAUAAUGCAUCAUUCAACGAAAACCUCUUGGCGGGAAACACAUGUCGCAUAUGUCUCUGUGAUGAUGACGAUGCUUCAGGACCCCUUAUAACUCCAUGUAAGUGCAAAGGAACCCUGACGUACGUACAUUUGGCUUGUAUACGAUCUUGGAUUAAGGGUCGUCUUAACUGCUACGAUGGAAACGGGUCACCUAAUGUAAGUUACUUUUGGCAAAAACUCCAUUGCGAACUAUGUGGAGCCUCCUAUCCGUCGUAUAUUAAUAUUGACAACAAGGAAACAGAAUUCGUUGAUAUAGAACAACCCAAUCCUCCUUAUGCAGUUCUUGAACCUGAAAAUUCCAUCGAUAGGGGAUAUUUUAUUGUGAGCUUAGCUAAGAAGGAUGCAAUAAUAGGAAGAGGCCACGACUGUGAUGUAAGACUAACAGAUAUAUCGGUUUCGAGAUUACAUUCUCGUUUGUAUUUCUCAAAUGGACACUUCAUCAUCGAAGAUAAAAAGAGUAAAUUCGGCACAAUGAUUCACAACUCAACCCCGAUAAAGAGCCAGGUAAUUCCUGGAGCCCCAAUUUGCCUUAAGGUUGGCAAUGGAAUUCUGUGUAUAUCAAUGAAGAAGGCAUGGAGGCCAUUUGCUUUGUGCUGCAGUGGUGCAUCCUCAGAGGGCGCACGAUUUAUUGUUUAA